AAGAGACUUUGCAAUUGCCAGUUCCCGCCCAACAGCUUCUGGCUCAGAUCCAAGAAAACAGGGUGGAGUGGAUUAAUUUUUUUUUCAUUCUCUCUGUAAAGAGAGUCUGAUUCAUUGAAACUUCUCAAACACAGUUAAAGGACACCACCCAACUGAAUAUCCCAAUACAACAGCUGGGAAAACUUAUAACCCCACCAGCUGGGGCACUCCCUACAGUGCAUCUCUGGUUUUCGAGGCAGUAGGAGGACAAGCAGAAGAAGCUCUCAUCACAGAAGUCCUUUCACUGAGAAUUCUCUGCAUCUGAGGUCAUUCCUGAAGUGAAGAGCCAAGAUGUUGGUACUAUUGGCUGGAAUUUUUGUGGUUCAUAUUGCCACUGUCAUCAUGCUCUUUGUCUCCACUAUUGCUAACGUCUGGAUGGUAACAACCAUGUCUCAGAAAACAAACUCCUCAGGGCUUUGGAAGCAAUGUACAGAAAGCAGUUGCCGGGACCUCAUUGUUGACAAUGAUGACUUGGCUUCCCUCAGGGCUGUGCAGGCCUUCAUGAUCCUGGCCAUCAUCUUUUCCUUCAUCUCUUUGGUCAUGUUUGUGGUACAGCUCUUCACCAUGGAGAAGGGAAAACGCUUCUACAUGACUGGAGCCAUUAUGCUGAUUUGCUGGCUGUUUAUUUUGAUUGCUGCCUCGAUCUAUACUGCCCGAUUUUCUCACUAUUAUGAAGACAGUCACCACGGAUAUUCCUUUAUACUUGCCUGGAUCUGCUUUUGCUUUAGCUUCUUUAUUGGGAUCCUGUAUCUUAUACUCAGGAAAAAAUGAGAGUUGUCAGGGUAAAAUAGAGAGGGAAGAUUAGAAAUUGGGGGGCUUGUGGGAGGGUUGUGAACUCACUUUGCUAUGAGAAGUUUGCCAAAAAUAAUGAAUACAGUACUCACCUAACAUGCCGAAGCACAGAAAACUCACCAAGAGAGAAUUGCUAUAGACUCUCUCCUGUUAUGAAUUUAAGACCAUGAAGAUGGUUGAAGAAUCUUCAGCUUAGAGAGGUGAUAUCUCUCAGACUCCAUUCAAAGCCCUCAGUGUUCUCCUUCACUGACAGCUGAAAAGAUAGAAAUAAAUAAGUUGUUCAAUUUCCUUCUUGAUCCUUCAGCAGCAUGACAUAUCACCAAUGAACACUACCCACCCAUUUCUAGUAAUCCAAGGAGGUAUCAUGAAACGAGACACUAGAAGUAUCAACCUCCCUUCCAAAUUAAACAGUGUUAGAGCUGGCUACAUUAUAAAGUAAAAUGAAGUCCUUGUCUCAGGCAUCUGAUGCUAAAAGAUAGCAAUGAAGUACUAGGUGACAGAACUGUAGUUACUUCUCAAACUAAGCAUCUCCUAAGUCAUCUAACUGUUCCAUAACCAGUUCCAUUUAUCACUGUGCCUAUUUGGAAUGGGGGAGAUGUUACUUCAUUGUGCAUCUCAUUUUUUUCAUACAAAAAUUCCUUGGAAUUAAAAGAUACAAAAUGUGAAAAAUCAACCUGUUUUAAUAUUAUCUAAAUUGUAUCCUUUAAAUUUAAUGUUUUAAAAUAUUUAAAUUCCGCUCUUUGUUGUCAUGUAAAGAAAUAGUGCUGUUGUUGAAGAAGAUAGAAGGCAGUAGCCAUUGGGGAAUGAAAAAGACGUGAAUGGUAAAGGAAGAUGGGAGAAGGUGGAGAAAGGCAAACAAUAUUCCUAAUUAUAAAGCAUGUCAUCAAGAUAUGCAACUUUCCAGCAAAACUUGAUAUGUCCAUCUUACAAAGCUGCACUAUGAAGAUAGAACUGUUGGGUCCAUAAAGUUUGUGUUCUUCAAGCUGUCAAUCCUUGAGGCAUUCAACUCUGGCUCAUGUGAUCUCAUCUCCCAGCAUCAAAUUAGAUAAAAUUAGAUUUUCUCAUUUCAUUGAAUAGAAUGGGGGAUGGGGUGGAACAUCGUUAAAGUGGGGCUUUCAAUAUUGGAACUUGCAUUUAAACUAUAAUAUAUAAUGUAUGUCAGAAGCAGACCUUAAUAUUGCAUUGGUCAAGAAAGAAAUUAUUUGUACUAUAAAACAGAGUUCCUGAGUCAGAAUUCUGUGAUAAUAGAAACAACGCUUCUGUUUUGUGUGCGUCUGUGUGUGCCCAUCUUAACUGCCCCCUCUGUUUUUAUUGCAUAUAGUUCAUCUCCCAAGGAAUAAGAAGACCGGUUAAUUAAAUUUUGCAAAUAGAGGGCCAAGUAGAAAAUUGCUAUAUUAAAGUGGAAAAACUUCUUAUUACACCGUAGUUACCAUUUGCCUUCCUACCACAUAGAUCAGUUCAAAAUAAUAGAAACUAUGCUUAGGAAGUAGCUAAUACUCUCUCUGCUUUAUUGUACUUGAGUGAUAUGAAAAAUGAGGAGGGCUUCAGGGUUGCAAGUUUGGUAUAAACAGUAUUCUCUUUCUUGCUUUCUUCAUUAUACUGUUUUUACAUGUAUCUGCUAGAUUAUGUUCUGUCAUACUUGCCAUUUCUCAACAUUUAUUUUAUGUGCAGCCAUUGUAAAUAUUUUGAUACAAGUGUCCCUAGAAGAAGGGAUAUAUAAAAUAAAGUAAAAUAAAAAUAAAAUUCCGUUUCUCAGA